AUGGCAAAGAAAUCGUCCAUUUAUGGGUUGGAUAAAGUUUCUUCUUGGUCACAUAUUAUAGAUAUUUAUAAAAUGGACCAGAAAAUGGGGAAUUUUAGUCAGUUUUCAAAGUUAACAGACGAACAUGUCUUACCUCACAAAAUAAGAAAAAUGAGGGUAAAAAACUGUACACAAGUGUUUAGUAGCACUGUUGCUACAGCUCUGAAAAUUAGGGCUGAAAUCAGUAAGGAACUGACACCAACUUCUCAAUAUUUUGUGAGCCCUAAGGCAACAGAAACAGCAGAUCUUUUACUAUUUUUUGAUCAACUCUUUGAUAGUGUCAAUGGCAGUGCGAUAAAUUCUCAUGUAGGAAAAGAUUUAAGAAGUGUGGUGACAUUCAAAUCUAAGGAUUUCAUGUUUUGGCAACAAUCCCUUCCAAUUCUAAAAUCAAUGUAUUUUAAUUCCCAUCAAAUUUUCACACCAUCACUAAAAAAUUGGCAUUUUACACUUCGUGGCUUCAUAUAUUUAUCGAAAAAGUUAUUAGGCAUGGGAUUUAAAUUCAUUAGUCCCAGGUCUUUUAACCAAGACCCUCUUGAAAACUUCUUCGGUCAAAUAAGAAGUCAUGGAGUAAGAAAUGUCAAUCCAACGUGCACUUCCUUUAUCUCCUCAACCAAAGCUUUAAUAGUAAACAAUUUUAUGUCAUCACACUCCCCAAGUUUUAACUGUGAAGAGGAUUUAUCGACUGGGGCAUUGGAUAGUUUAAAAGACCUUAUUGCACAGGAAGACACUAGUGAGUCAAACAGCGAAAUUGAUUUUGUUUCAGAACACCAUCACACUCUGUAUAAAACAUCAGAUUUAUCUACACCAUAUGUAGCUGGUGCAGUUAUUAAAAAAAUGUUUAAAAAACUAUCAUGUCUUAAUUGUAGAAAGUUAAUGGUAACUGAAAAAAAUCUUCCGCAAAAUAGGUUCAUUAGGCGAAAACGUAUAGUUUUUAACAUCCUUCCAAACAUAAUUCAUAAAAUUCAUUUAAAAAAAAUUAUAUUAUGUUCAAACAAGAAAUUCAGUAGAAACUUUAUUUUGUACGAGGCAUAAAAAUUUAAAAUUGUUUUUUUAUAAAAUUGUU